AUGGCAGACUCGGCCUCUCGCGUUGAGCAAACCCCACUGAAGCCUCAGCAGCCUGGCCAAGCACAGAGCAUCCUGAACCAGCAGACGUCAAAUCUCGACGUGACAUCUCAAUCAGAUAACGGAGGCAAUGCGGAGGCCCCCAGUGAAGCCGUGAAGGACCAGAUCGAUGAUGCAGUUGCUAAGGGUCCGAAGAAGGCUGACCAGUAUAGUGGUGGGCGAGUGUCGGUCGCCGAGACUGGAGAUCUGCACGAUCUAGCAGCGAGGAGGCAGUCGGAAGCUCAUAAAUAA